AUAGUCGGUGGUUGGCGGCCUGGUCGUCCAUCCGUUGUUUGCUCUCAUCGCCAGUUGUGACCCGACAGUCUGGUAAGCUAAGAGAAAAGUUGCCAGGGCAGUCGAGCGUCUUUUAUGUCAGACCAGAGCACUGCCUCGUAAUAGUGGAGACCCCAGGGCUGCAUGGCUGCUCGUGGCUGCUCAUGUCAUUGGUGGCCAUAACACACAGCUCCGCGCUCAAUUGAUCGCAUCCUUCUUAUAUUCUCCACGUUCCGUGACACAUGAGUCUAGUUCGCUGCGGGAGUGACUAGGGGUCGACACAAGAUUUGUUGCAUUAUCCUUCUCCCACGGCCCCAGCUUUCCACGACCGAUCAUUCUCGGCUAAGAUAAUGUACAGUAUUAAGAACAUCCAUUCUACCGCAGUCAGAGGUUAUCGGUCAUGUCUACGCAAUAAGCUGCCUCUUUCUUUUUUUCUUUUUCCUCUUGUCUUUGUCUUUUUUCCAUAUGCAACCGGGCGUGCUCUUUACGAGGUACGAAAUUCGUGUUCAGACUUGGCCUUGCCAAAGGUCGUGCCGAUAUCAACCUGGGCGUGUCUUGGCCCGCAAGCCAACCGCUUUCAGGGCUCAGCCAGGUCGCAACCCAACAAACACGUGGUUCUGCUGUAUGCAGUUUCCGGAAGGGGGCCAUCCAUUUGAUUUUUGAUCCACUACACAAG